AUGAAACAAAAAAAUAUUUUAUUAACGAUAGGCGAAGAAGAUUCGCCAGUUAUCAAAAUCUGGGAUCUCGAUAAACAAGACAAAUCAAAAGGUACACCUACUUGUCAACGUACAAUUAAAGUAAAUCACGGGGGAAAGCCACAUCCGGUUUCAACGUUAGCUGUGUUAGAAAACUUGGGACAGAUUGCUGUUGGGUUGGCAAAUGGAGUAGUUGUAUUAAUUAAGGGUGAUCUGUAUAGAGAUCGUUAUACAAAGCAAAAAGUUAUUCAUGAAAGUCUUGGAUUUAGAGAGUACAACAAGAAUGUCAUGCUAUUUAUUGUGACAACCAGCAAAAUUCUGACUACUGUGACUAUGACUAAGUCACCCGUUGUAAGUUGUGAUUUGGGUUGUGCUGUAAUGAGUGAUACAACACAUGAAAUGGUUGUCGCAAAAGAUGAGGCAAUUUAUUUUUAUGGACCUGAAGGAAGAGGACCAUGCUUUGCAUACGAUGGUGCAAAAUCAUCCGUGACUUGGUUUAAAUCAAAUCUUAUUAUUGUCUCCCCACCUGUCUCUCAACCAACCAGAUUAACCACUGCAUCACGUUCCGGAAAUUCUUCGCAACCAUCUGUUCCUUAUGAAUUCACCAAAGUAACCAUAUUUGAUACCGCAAACAAAUUUAUCGCAUACAUGGGAACAUUUUCUCAUGGCGUACGAACAAUUACAUGCGAAUGGGGCGGAAUAUAUAUUCUCGGAAUGGACGGAAAGUUAUACCGUCUGGAAGAGAAAGAUACCCCAACGAAACUAGAAAUACUGUUCAAAAAAAAUUUAUAUUCGCUUGCAAUUAAUCUUGCACAUAGUCAAAAAUAUGAUGAUGCAAGUAUCGCCGAAAUUUUUAAGAAAUACGGCGAUCAUUUAUACAGCAAAACAGAUUAUGACGGAGCAAUGGCACAGUAUAUUCGAACAAUUGGUCAGCUUGAACCAUCUUAUAUCAUUCGAAAGUUUUUGGAUGCACAACGCAUCCAUAAUCUGGUCAAUUAUCUUCAGGAAUUGCAUUCUAAAAGUCUCGCUAAUGCAGAUCAUACCACUCUGUUGUUAAAUUGUUAUACCAAGUUAAAAGAUGUAGCUCGUCUUGAUCAAUUUAUUAAGACAGAUAACGAGCUUCGUUUUGAUUUAGAAACUGCUAUAAAAGUGUGUCGACAAGCGGGCUAUUAUGAACAUGCUGUAUAUUUGGCAAAAAAAUUUCAAGAAUACGAUUUAUAUUUAAAAAUACAAAUAGAAGACGUUAAAGAGUAUGAGAAUGCAUUAGAGUAUAUUCGUAAAUUGGGAUCCCAUGAGGCGAACAGCAAUUUGCAAAAAUAUGGAAAAAUUCUCCUUAAUCAUCUUCCACAACCUACGACGCAACUCCUUAUUGAUUUGUGUACUGGUGACUUAUCUUCAACUGGUCAACGUGCACGAUCUCCUGAAGUGAAAGUGAAAGUGAAUGAUACGGUUGCAGCGGCAACACCCACUUCUACCUCACCAGAACCACAAGCUUCCACUUCUCGACCUCCUAAAGAGCGAAUCGGUGUUGCUUAUAGACCUCCCCCUGUGCGCACAUUCAUGUCAUUAUUUGUUGAUCAACCUAAUUAUCUUAUUCAAUUCUUGGAACAAGUUUCGCAAAAACGUUGGGGUGGAUUUGGUUCGGUUCGAAAACCUUCACAAGCUGAAAUAAUAAAGAAUGAUGCCAAUAUUUCAGAUGAAAGCGAUGAUUUAAAUGUAGAAGAAAGUUCUGUUGAUGAUUAUGAUCCUGAAACCGAAGAAAAAAAAGCUGUAUGGAAUACACUUCUGGAGCUAUAUUUAUCUGAGGCUUAUUUGCCAGUAGUUUUAUCCGGAAAAGAUUCUAAAGGAAGAAAGUACGGAGCACCUGGAACCUUUUCCGUUUCUACUGAGACUGACCGUGUAAAAGAGAAAUUACUUAGAAAAGAAAAAGCCUUACAAUUAUUGAAAGACAACGAAGUCGCAUAUGAUACGAAUCAAGCUCUUGUACUUUGUUAUUUAGCACAAUUUGAUGAGGGUAUUGUUUAUCUUUACGAAAAAAUGAAGAUGUACGAAGAAAUAUUGAGGUUUUAUAUGGCCAAAGACAAUACCGAAAAAGUUAUACAGGCAUUAAAAAGAUAUGGGGCUCAGGAUCAAGCACUUUAUCCAUUAACCUUAACAUAUUUUUCAUCAUCUCCAAAAACAUUGGCUUCAUCUACACAUGAACUUUUGGAAAUUCUUAAUUAUAUUGAUUCACAUAACUUAUUACCACCAUUACAAGUCGUUCAGGCUCUUAGUAGAAAUUCUGUGGCGACACUUGGAAUGGUCAAGGGAUAUAUGGGAAAGAGGAUUGAGAGUGAAAGGAAAGAAUCUCAAGUGGAUCAUAAGUUAAUACAAAGUUAUCGUGAGGAAACGGAAAAAAGAAAGAAAGAGAUUGUAAACAAGUGUACUGGUUGUCGUGGAUCACUCGAUUUACCUGCCGUGCACUUCUUAUGUAAACAUUCAUUCCAUCAACGCUGUUUACCUGAGUCUGAUCGUGAAUGCCCACAAUGUGCUAUCCAAAAUCGUAUGAUUUUUGAAAUAAGAAAAUCACAAGAGAUUAAUGCGGAUAAACACGAAUUAUUUUUCGAACAGUUGAAGGACGCGGACGAUGGUUUCAGUGUCGUAGCUGAUUAUUUUUCUAAAAAUACUAUGGCUUUUGCUAAAUUAAUUGAUUAA